AGUGAGUUCCAAACUUCCAACAAAAGAAAUAUUGGCUCCCGCUUUUAUGUUUCCCUAAACUGCAGAACCCCAAAACCUCUCAAAAACCCUUACUUCGCCUCCCUUUGAGCUUUUCCUGCGUUCUUCAAUGGAGGACACAAAUUCCGACGAUGAACAACAACCCAUGGAAACCCUACCAACACUCACAGAAGACAACGAAUACGAAGACGCUGAUCACGCAAUGGAAGACGAAGUAAAAACCCUUUCUUUCGAAUCGAAGCCGUCACACGAGGCGAAAAUCCGAGAAUUACUCCGGAAUAUCAGUUCAAUUGAACUCAAGCUUUGCUCUGAUGGGUCAAAGGAGUUUAUGAAGCUAUUGAGGGGGAGUUCAGGUGGGGAGCUGUUGCACGAGUAUGUCCGUGCAUCGUCGAAGUUCACGGAGCUUCUAGAAGUUUGGAAUCGGCGGCGAGGUAAGGCUGGUAUGUAUUAUGUAAUGUCAGUAAUUACUGUGAUGUUGGGGCAUCCUGAGGGGAAGUUUAGGUCUGAUGUUCCUGGUAGGGUAGUAAUUAGUCGAGAAUUGGAUAAGUUUGCGAAAUUGAUUAUUGAGGAGAAGUUAAAUGAUGUUUAUAAGGAGCUUAAUAGUAAGGAAGGGAAGCGCCAGAAGGCGGCAUUGUUGUUAAUGGCGUCAAUAGUUAGGCGUGGUUCGUUGUUGGCGGCUGAGGUGGUUAAGAUUUUCAAUUUUAAGUUACCGAUAUUACCAAAGCUAUCUGAGUAUAGGAGGAAGAAAUUGGAGAAGAAGAGGAAGCAUUCGACUAGGGAUUCUUUUAUUGAGUUCGCGAUGUCUUUUCUGGAGGCGGGCAAGCCGGGAUUAUUGAGGUGGAUUUUGCAGCAGAGGGAAAUAUUUUCUGGGAUUCUUCGAGGGAUUGGGAAUGACGACGAGGAGACUGUGGUCUAUGUUUUAUCGACAUUGCGAGAUCGGGUUCUUACUCAUGAGUCAUUGGUUCCCCCGGGUCUUCGGAGUGUUCUUUUUGGGAGUGUUACAUUGGAACAAUUAGUUGGGAUUUCAGCGUGGAAAGAUGGCGCGCUUGCUGCAAAGCUUGCAUAUGAGGUUCUUCUCAUGGUCUGCAUUGAUCCUGCCAAUGGAUUGAUGACUGACUUAAAAAGACAACAAGGUGCACUAAAGGGAAAUCCAAAGCGGCUUGUGGACUUGAUGAAGAAGCUUAAAGCAACUGAAGUUGGGUACCACAGAAGCCUGCUUUUGGAAAUUGUCAAUGGCAGGCCAUCACUUGCUUCGGCUUAUUUGGAUCAGUUCCCAUACAACCUUGACGAUCAUACUUCAUCGACAUGGCUCUCUGCUGUCACAUUGGCAGCAAAUGUGGUUUCAUCAGUGAGAGGUGGGAUUUCAUGGGAUUUUCUUGAUGCCCAAGCCAAAAAUUUAUUGUCUUUUGAAACUUCAGAUGUGCAAAGUGUUUUGAAAUGUGUCUGUCUUCGCCCAUUCAAUCGUUUGGUAAUCAACAAAGGCUUACUUCAUUCUGAUUUUCUGAUCAAACAUGGUACCUUAAGGCUCCUUUUGGAGGUAUUAAAAUUGUUAAGCUCCUUCACCGAUGCUUUAAGUUUGAAAGGAUUCUCUUCACUGAAGCAAAAGAUUCAAGAUGAAGUUCUGAUCCUGCUCCCUGAUCCCCAAGUAUUGUUUACAUUACUGAGUCCGAUUAGUAGUAUUUAUCAGAUAUCUGGGUCUUCUUUGAAAAGAGCAUCUGAUUCAGAAAGCAUAGGCAGUCAUAAAGCUCCUGCUAAGAAGAAAUCAAAGAUUAAUAUCAUAAAUGAAGACAUAGAUAUUCUUGUGGGAGGGUUAAGUUCUUGUGCUGAAAGCAUUGUACCCGCAGAGGGUGAAAAACAACAGGAGAAGGUAACUGUGUCCCCGUUUGAUGAUGAAAAUAGUCUUGAGAAAAUCAUGGAAAUUUGGGGUUCUUAUGAAAGUUCUUUCUCUUUGGAUUUUGUAAAAGAUGCUGAAGUGUACUUCUAUUGCAAAGUGCUUGAAGCUCUCAAAAUAUAUCAUGGGACCUUUCGUGCUAUUUUGGAAGCAUCAUACGAUUUUCUCAAAAUUCUUCCGAGUAACCCGCUAAAGUUGCCAGGAAUUUUGCUGCAAUCUUUGUUGUCCAUGUUGAUAGAACACCUUGGCUGCUCACAAGAGACAGGUUUUUCAGCUAAAAUGCUGCCUCCUAUCUACAAGCAUCUGCAGUGUUUUCUCAGUUUGUCAUUACAUUCACCAAUCGAACAUGUAAGAGAGCAAUCAUAUGUUUUGGCAAAAGCAUCAAUGAUGAGCACUGGUGCUUUUGAUCACAGCCCAUGUGAAAUUGGGUCAUGGUUUUUGUUUUUACACAGGGAUGUUGGACAAUAUGAUAGUGGCAAAUGCAAAGAGGGGAAAUUGUUCCAGUCUUUGUCAGUUGUUUCUUUUCUUUGCGAUGCUAUAUCAACCGUCGGUAAUAACUUGGUUAAAUAUUGGGAUAUUAUGAAGUGUCAGCUUUCUGAAGUGGAAACCACAAAAGGUGUUAUGAAGUGCCAGCAUUCCAACAUAGAAAGUACAAAAGAAACGGACAUUGAUUUUAGCCCACUUGUAGCCUGUGUUCUGGAAAAGUGCCUGAGGCUGCUCAGUUCUGGAUCUGAAACAUUCACGUUGCCAGAGAAAUCUGUGAUAUCCUUGUAUGUCUGUAACACGUUAAAGUAUCUAUUGGAAACUCAGAUUGAUGCCGGAGUGUUAGCUGCAGUUGUUCAUCAGUUGUUAUCAGAUAGAAUUGAGAGCCAUAUCUCUGCAGUAGCAGAUGUUGAAGAUUCCUGCUGUGAGUGGAGACCAAUGAUCUCAUUGUUUCUAUUUUCACGGAGCAUAUUAUAUCAUGAAACUUGCAAUGACGGUUCUACUGCUAGAGUUUCUCGGAAGAAGAACUCAUUGACAAAUACACUUGCUGAGGUGAAAAAGCUCUUGAAUGCAGGAAGCAUCGAUGCAUUUGGAAUAUCUAAAGCAUUAUGCUCCACAAUAGCGUGCACUAACCCUGAUGAUAUAUUAGAUAAUUUACCAUCAGUUAUGGCUAUUUCUGGAAAACUUGCUGGGUUUAACCGUUCUGUGAUGGACUAUUUCUGCCUUGAUCAGAACCUUAUGAAACGUGUAUCUAAGCUGUGGCCUGAUAUGUUCUAUUCAGGUCUUAGAAUGAGUGUCAUGACAUCUAGUCAACUGACUCAAGAUAAUGACAAACAGACUUCAAUUAAAGCUCUGGGGAAUGAUUUCGAGGAGAUAGAGUAUGCCUCUGUUGUUUUUGGUUCUUGGCUGAAAGAGGCACCGUUCUAUGUAUUAUUCCCUGCAAUUAUCUUCUGUGGCCUGGAACAUCAUUCAGAAAUCAAGGAGUUGCUUGUAGCUAAGGUGUCGAGCUUAGAAAUUGAGCAAAUUGUUUCUUCACUGAGGCUGAUCCUCUUUUGGUUUCAUCAGAUACAGAUGUCCUAUAGAGAGAAACGAUCUGAACAGAAGGAAUUGCAGGCUGAACUAUGCUACGUGCUUGUGAAACAAAUUUUAGCCCUAUUGUCUACUCUGAAAUUCGAUUCUGGUUCUUUAGAAAAAAAUGCAGCGUUUCCUCUCUCACUAUGUCUUCAAGAAGUAGCCACAACGGUCUUUCGUCACCCUGCAGUGACUGCAGCAUUAUCGUUUCCAUUUGACCGUGAUUAUAAACUAACCAAAGAGUUCUUAAGGGGUAGCGCAGAAGGUGUUCUAUGUCUUAGUGGAGAAGGAAUUUGUAAGAUAGAACUUCAUGUUUUGAAGUUAUUGACUACAGCUUCUGAUCACUUGUUAGCUCUGUGUAGCAAGGAACUUGCGUCAUUCUAUAUUGAGUGCAAGGAAAACAUUAUCAAGGUGUUUAGGAAAUUUGUGCAGUGGAUAUUUUUUAACUUUAAGCGGAAGUUCAAACUGUGGUAUAUAUCUGGUGAUACAACCCUCUUUCCAAUCUUAUGUGCUCUUAUUUCUUUGAUGCGUUUUAGCUCACCCAUCGAGUUGCUUGAAUUGGCAAAUUGGAUGUUUUCUUUUGUGGAAAUUUCUGAGUCCAUGAUUUCUGGAACCUAUGAUGUCUCUCCCUCAUGUUUGGCGUUUUCUAUUGCCUGUGGAGCUUUUAGCAUGCUGUCUCAAUGUAUGCAGUCUCCAAAUAUCGGGGUUGAGCUGAAUGACUUGUUUUGGGCAACUGAAUUUAGAUGCCUUGAUGCUACAUUAUUCAAAAGCAUAUAUUAUAAGGCUUUUGACUUUGCUACUUGUCUCAAAACUGACUUUGCAGACAUAUGUUUGGUUAAAGCUCUCAAUGCAGCUCGCAGCCUGAUUUAUAGGCAAGAUUUUCUUCCAUUCAGCAUGGAAAUAACUAGAGUGAUAGCUAGCACUCCCGUCAGAAUAGUUUCACACUGUCUUCACAGAACUGACAAUACCAAGGCAAAAAUUUUGUUUCUAAUAAUUGAGAUGAGUGCCUUACACUCACAAGUUUUUGGUCAGCUGUUCUCAAAUAUUAUGAGUGAAGACACUAUCCCUAUUGUCAACGCAGCAGAAGAGAUCUGUAAUAAGUCGCUUUCAGACGAGGAGUGUUUGAUGCUUCUGCCUGCUGCAUCCUUAUACAUAAGCUUUUCCUGGACAAAACUCACAGAGUACUCUGUUUUGGAUGUCGAAUUCAUGUUAAAUUCUUAUUCAAGGCUUCUCUUAGAUGGUUUUUCUAACUGGAAAGACUUUGUGUCUAAAACUGUAUUUCAGGUGGAAUAUGGUAAUGUGUUGCCUUGUUCUGUUGAGAAUCUUCAUGAUCUUUUUAACAGCAGUCUCCUUCAGAAAGCGGUUCACAUGUUACACUGGUACUUCUCCUCAAGCGGGGAUGAUAAAAAUAAGCGAUUGAAAUUAUUGUGCUCACUUUGCCCUAUUUCUUGCACGUUGGAUGAUUUCAUGGACUCUAAUAUAAAAGAUAUUGAUUCUUUCUCAGUUGAACAGCUGACAAACUUAAUCAACAGAGUUGUAGCUAAAAUUUCUCUUUGUUUGGUACUUGUAUUCUCAGAGGGUAAUUCAGAGGGUCAGAAGUGUUUAACAAGUGAAGCUCAUGAUAUAGAGGAGGAAUCUUUUGGGGGCUCUAAUAGUGAAGACUCAUUUAGAGUAAGAUUCUUAGAUAUGUUGGUAUGCGUUUGGCAACAUGUUGUGAAAAAAGUUCCAUCUCCCUCUGAUAAUUCUGGCCUAAAGACUCCCAUCUGUUUGUUGUUGAGAUCUCUUGAAAUGUUUACACUCAGAUGCAUUUUUAGAUUGGUAGUAAACAUGCAUAGUAUCUUGUUACAGAUGGAUUCACUUCCCUUUAUCGAAAAGAUGGUAAAGGUUUCUCUUCUUCAUAGGUUUGGGGACCCUGCUACACUUGAAAAUCUUCGGCAUAUUUUAUCUUCUCUAUCUGAUGGGAAUUUGCCUACUAUUUCAAUUCUCCAGCUGCUUCUUGGGCAUUCUCAGUUGGCUUCAACUGUUGCUACUGUUACUGACUCAACUACUUUUACCUCAUCUGGGAUGGUUGUAAAGCCCCUAUCUAGCUUUUUGAGGACACUAGUUGUUCCAACAGGACGGAGCAAUUUGGAAAAAUCAGACAGAUACAAGUCUCAGUUGGAGGUCAUCAAGUUACUUAGACUACUCUUUCACUUAAGAGCUACUCGGUGUAGGUCAGUUUCUGAAGACGACUUGGGUGUAAAUUUAAGGGAAUUAUCUUUGCUACUUUUGACUACUUAUGGCGCUACAGUUAGUGAAAUUGAUUUGGAGAUACAUAGCCUUCUUUCAGAAAUUUAUGCUGAUGAGGGGAUGGGUGACAAAAUAUUCUCCGAUCAGGAUUACCUAUGGGGAAGUGCUCUGAGAGUUGGAAAAGAACUCACAAUGAAUAGUAUUCUCUUAAAGAAUGGUAUGGAAGAUAUGGAAGAAGACUGCAAACGAAGUCAGUUCAGGGAUAAUCUACCCAUUAACCCGAAGUUAGUGAUUCAGACUGUCCUACGUUUUCCUUAUGGAAGGACAUCUGAAAAGUCACCGUUCAAAGACAAUGUUCAUCAAGAUAGAGUCGGAGAUACUGAGGAGGGGCACUCUACAGAAAUCGGAAGGAUGGAGCGAUAUGAUCCAGUCUUUGUUUUAUCCUUCUCCAUUCAUAGCUUGACAAUGGGCUUCUUGGACCCUGUAGAGCUUGCUGGCUUAGGAUUACUUGCUAUUGCGUUGGUCAGCAUGGGAUCACCUGAAGAUGGGAUACGUAAGUUAGCUUAUGAGGUUGUUUGGAGAUUCAAGGAUGCUUUGAUGAGAUGUGAGAAAAAAAGGGAAGUGACGCGGCUUAAGCUUUUGCUGACAUAUUUACAGAACGGAAUAAAAGAUCCAUGGCAAAAAAUUCCCACCAUUCUUGCUGUUUUUGUUGCAGAAGCUUCUGUUAUCUUAUUGGAUCCUUGUCAUGAGCACUAUCCAGUCAUAAGCAAGUUCUUGUUGCACUCAUCUCGGAUAAAUUUGAAGUCCAUACCUUUGUUUCAUGAAUUUAUCUGGAGUAGCUCUGUGAACUACAGAACAGACAGGCUGUGGAUGCUUCAUCUGAUUUACGCAGGGAUAAAUUCCGAAGACGAUGCUCUAAUAUGUAUUCGGAACUCGGUGCUUGAAAUUAUACUGAGUGUUUAUGCUUCACCUCUUUCGGAUGUUGAGUCUAAGGAAUUAAUUCUUCGGGUAUUGAAGAAGUGUGUUAGAGUGCAGAAGACAGCCUGUUAUCUGGUUGAGAACUGUUGUCUGAUUUCUUGGUUAUGUUCAGCUUUUGCCUUAUCUAUGAUUCAUACUGACGGUGGAGAUAUAUUUUUCUCUAAGCAGUUGCUAGUUUUACUUGAGGUAGUUCAUGAGACCGUAUCAUCCAGAGGCACUAUGGAAUGGUUGCAGAAACAUGCAAUUGAGCAACUUUCUGAUCUUUCGUGUCAUCUUUUAAAUCUGUUAGUUAAAUGCUCAAAGUUGGCACUGGAGACUAAGUCAUUGGUUAUUUUAAUUCUAGAAAUAAUCGUAACAGCCUUGAAGAUGUCACAAGAACGGAGUGUGUACCAACCACCACUUACGCCAUCCAUGCGGAGUUUAUAUCAACUAUAUCAGGCUGUUGAUGUGCAUAAUAAUGACAAAUUUGGUGAUUGUGCAGAGUAUGGACUGAAAGCCAUACUUAUGAGUGCACCUCCAACAACAAUUUCUGACCUGGACUUGAAAGAGUUCUCAGAGUUUCUAACAUGGGCAGUUUCUACUGCUCUACGUACCGAUUCUCGGAAGGUGUUGCGGCAGACACAAUUUUUUCCGCACAAAGUGUGUGCUCAAGGUGAGGAACACAUAAGAGAAGAGUCUCUAACUUCAACACUUGUACGUUGGCUUGUGGCCUCUGUAAUUCUAUGGAGGGUUUCAUUCAGCAACAGUGUCUUCAGCCCUAGUUUUAUCUCGAGAGGAGACAAUGGUGGAACUUUGCAAUCACUUGUAGAACACCUAGAAAGCGAAGGUGGAGAAAGCAAACUUGUGUCCGGUUCUAAAGAAGUCUUGGCUGCAGCAAUUUUUCAUCUUCAACAGCUUCUUGGCAUGAAAUGUCUGGUGCUGCCUUCAGUUGUUGCAGCACUCUCAGUUUUGCUCCUUGCUGAUGGAUCAUAUGAUGCUGAAGGUGAUUUGUCAGGCCAAGCCAUUUGCACAAACCCUCAAAAUUCGAUGACAUCUCUCUGGUCUAAGAUAUCCUGUCCUCCUGAAGCUAAUCCUUCCUGGAGAUGGUCAUAUUUCCAGCCAUGGUCUGAUCAUGCAACAGAACACACCGAUUUGGAGAAGUUGGAUGAAAGACACGCAUGUCAAAAACUCCUGGUCAUAAUCUCAAGGGUGCUGGGAAACAAAUCAUCAGAACAUGAGUUGCUAUCCCCUCAAGAAUUAGAAGCUUCUGGAUUAUUUGAAUGGCAGAGAAUGAACCUUAAAAAAGGAUAACAUGUUUACUAGAGGUCCAUAUUCUGGUUGUAUAUAUUUUUUGUAGCUUGUAGUUGUAGACUUGUAGCUUUAGCAGAAUCAUGCUUGUAUUUUUUCGACAAUAAUUGAAAGAAGUUGAAUGAAUCUGUAGAAAUUAGUAUCAAAAUACAUUGUUUUUCCAUACGUAACAAUGUGCAAACAGUCAUUUGAACAA